GACUGCGGUGUGAUACGCGUUCAGUGCGGAGGGUGCGGCGGUUCGCGACACACUGACGCCAGGCGAGAGCAGAGCGAGUCGUGCUGUAUGAAUGCUUUGAAGGAGCGCUUCGAGGUAGCGCACAAGGUACACUGGAUAAUCUGGGCUCGCUUUGAACAACACACCUUUCAAAAUCUGUUCCCAUACCACCCUGCUUGAGUUUUAAUACUCUUGGAGGAGGCAAAGCAGGCGUCCCCUUCUUCCUUGUUCUUACCUCUUUUACACUGUUGAAUUCGUGUGGCUACAGACUGACAGAGUUAACUGGGGCGCAAGUGGCGCCACAAUGAACGUCACCUCACUUUUCUCCUUCACCAGCCCAGCAGUCAAGCGAUUGCUGGGAUGGAAACAAGGCGACGAAGAGGAGAAGUGGGCGGAGAAGGCAGUGGACGCACUUGUCAAAAAGCUAAAGAAGAAGAAGGGGGCCAUGGAAGAACUCGAGAGGGCCCUCAGCUGUCCGGGUCAGCCCAGCAACUGCGUCACUAUCCCUCGAUCUCUGGACGGGAGGCUCCAGGUGUCACACCGGAAGGGGCUGCCUCACGUCAUUUAUUGCCGUGUGUGGCGCUGGCCUGACCUGCAGUCGCACCAUGAGCUCAAGGCCCUGGAGUGUUGCGAGUUCCCCUUCGGAUCUAAGCAGAAGGAUGUUUGCAUCAAUCCCUACCACUACAAGAGGGUCGACAGUCCAGUGUUGCCGCCCGUCCUGGUGCCACGAAACAGUGAGUUCAAUGCUAAACUCUCCAUGCUACCACGUUUCCACAACGCACUGCACCAGUCGGAGCCCCACAUGCCUCAAAAUGCCACCUACCCUGACUCCUUCCCCCAACAGCCAGCAAACCCCCUUCCCUUCACCCCAAACUCACCAACCAACAGCUACCCCAGCUCGCCCAACAGCGGCACAGGCAGUACAGCCACCUUCCCCCAGUCACCAUCCAGCUCGGACCCAGGCAGCCCAUUUCAGAUGCCAGAAACCCCACCACCUGCUUAUAUGCCCCCGGAGGAGCCGAUGACACAGGAAUGUCCCCAACCAAUGGAUACCAAUCUUAUACCUCCAAACCUGCUUUUGGAGGUUAACAACCGGACAGAUGUUCAGCCUGUGGCCUAUCAGGAACCCAAGCACUGGUGCUCCAUUGUGUACUAUGAGCUGAAUAAUAGGGUGGGAGAAGCUUUCCAGGCCUCCUCCACCAGUGUGCUAGUGGACGGCUUUACCGACCCUUCAAACAACCGCAACCGCUUCUGCCUGGGUCUGUUGUCCAAUGUAAACCGCAACUCCACCAUUGAGAACACCCGACGCCAUAUUGGAAAAGGAGUCCAUCUGUACUAUGUAGGAGGAGAGGUGUAUGCUGAAUGUUUAAGUGAUAGCAGCAUCUUUGUCCAAAGUCGCAACUGCAAUUAUCACCACGGUUUCCACCCCACCACUGUCUGCAAGAUCCCCAGUGGAUGCAGCCUCAAGAUCUUCAACAACCAGGAGUUCGCGGAGCUCCUGGCGCAGUCUGUCAAUCACGGCUUUGAGGCUGUUUAUGAACUCACAAAGAUGUGCACCAUCCGCAUGAGCUUUGUAAAGGGUUGGGGUGCGGAGUACCAUCGACAGGAUGUGACAAGCACUCCAUGCUGGAUUGAGAUUCAUCUUCACGGUCCCCUGCAAUGGCUGGAUAAAGUCCUCACCCAGAUGGGCUCUCCUCACAACCCCAUUUCCUCUGUGUCCUAGACAGGGUUUACCAUAAGGCAAUGGUUUACCGAACCCUGUCAAACUAGGUUCACAUGGAGCAGUUGAUUGGUUUAAUGAGCUUGGGUGGGUUUGUUUUCUACUUGGAGGCAGUUUUAUUGAGGGCAUAAAAUUUGGCUGAAGACUCUUGAGUUCUCUGCUCGAGAGAAUCUGGAAGAUACUUGACAACUUUGUGUGACCAAGCGUUAAACGAUGAGGCCCUCGUACUUGUGGCAAGUAUCCACCUUUGUUCUUGUGAAAGAAUUUGGGUUUUUAACUGUUUUUCUUUGUAUUUUUCAUUUCUUCUCCUUUUUCCAGUUUACGUCUCAGUCUUCCAUUGAGGAACAAAGAUCUGCAUUGCAGAAUAAAGGCAAGUACAUAGUUGUACAUGUAUACAGAGUAGUGGGUGGUUUUAGAUAAGUUCAUGCAGAGUUAUGCUUUAUAUGAACUGAAUGGCAUGCGGCUUUGUGAAUGCAACAAGGUCAAUAUUGCAAAAAUUCUCAAAGCUCUCUUUCUAUGAUAUAUUGAUCUUGGAAAGAAGAUGAAAAUGUAUAAAAUGGAUGAAUGGAUAACAGCUUAGAAAGAAAAUACAUAUAUUUGAAAAUGCAACACUUUUGAAUGGGAAAACGUAUGACAAUUAGGGCAUGAUAUUAGCGGGAAGGGGUGCAUGAGCAAACUCAUGCAAACGUUACUUUUAUGGCAGUUGUGUCCGACUGAUUAAAAAAGUAGUGUGUAAAUGUACCUAUUUGUAGAAUGUUUUUUUUUUGCAAGUGUGGUUUGAUCUGCAUAAUUGUAAGUCUAUGCCAGAAGAGGCAGGCAUUGUUUACUUUGUCAAUGUGUUGUGCACUGUGCUGCACGAAAGAAGGUCCUCAUUUCUGUUAUUUUUUCCUUGAAAAACUAUGAAUUUUCAUAAAAAAUACCCUUCGAAAAAUAAUGCAAUGAAAUGGCACUAGUGAUAUUGUUUUGUAAAAAGUAGAUUUUUUUAUUAACUUGCUCUCGUUUUUUUAUUAAUAUCGAAAUCCCCUCAACUGUUGUAAACAUUUUUGUAUUUUUUUUGUUGAAGAAAAUAUGUUGUUGUUCCUUCAUAUCUGCACUUUCGUAGGUGGCUUCUUGUCUGUUUGUCCCUUUUUGUGCUGUUCAUGCUUGUACUCUCAGAAAGCCGUUUUAUUCCAUGAAUAUCAAGUCUCUACUGGAAGAUUCAAUAAAGUUGUUUCAUUACCACUGUC